UCUUGCACGUGAAAGAAAUCAUUAUCUAAUAAUGCAGGCAAAAUCAUCGAAGAUUUUGCUGAAUGAGCUAUACUACUCGCGACAAUAUGUUAAAUUUACAGUGGACGGGAUGCGAGACGGCGCGAUAGAACGGGGGUAUAUUACGGAUAUUGCUAGCGAAGGACUGAUCAUCGACUUCCAUCAUGACGGCCCAUCGUCAACGCAACUGGUUGAAUUACCCUGUAUUCGUGCAUUACCAGCCAAAAAGUUUGCCGGCAAACGUUAUCUUAAACCACCACCCCAGAUAAACUCCGAGGUGGAGGUACUAGUUCGAGUCACAGUAGAUAAACCUCUGACUUGGAAAAAGCUACCUUCGUGGCACUGCUGCCUGGCUAUGAGAACAAUGAAGUCCAAUGUGAAGGUGAAAAAUUUUCCUUGGUCCGAAUGCAAGCCAGGAAUCCAUUCUCUUUGGCCGCUGUAAUAAAUCUGUGGCCCGAAUGGGAUGCCAGCGAUAUACGCAUCCGUCAGAAGCGAUUGUGGAAAACGGUUACAGCGGAGACUUUCCACAAAGUAACCGUGUUGUACGCAUCAUAUUCAUGCCAUAAGGUCGAUUGCCCGUUCCCACGGUCUCCUCUUCUGGAUUACGCGAAACAGAUGGACAGCUUGGACGCCGGCAUGAAGUGGGUCUGGCUUAAUCUGACAGGCACGCUGAUUAUAUCCGCUGACGAUGUCAGUGUCACCGUACUGUGCCGUCAGAAAGCUAAACGACUACCAAAUAAAUUCCAUCGAUUGGUUUUUCACUUAUACGACCUGUUUAUGGAGCAAUAUAUUAAAACAGGGGGCACCUUUCGGAUCGAGACAUGGUUUGCUAAAACAUUCCGAAAACUACUCUUCUUCCCCAAUUGGUUGGCCUCAAAGGCGAACGCUGCCGGUGCCGUGGUCUCUGCGCGCAUAUCUCAGGGCCUCGGGGAGUUUCCAGCAGUGCAGACUCUUUCGGAUGAAAUGCUGCUGGAGGUAUUACAGAGUAUGGACAGAAUUGCCCGGAGGGAUCUGAAACGUGUGUGUCGGAGAUGGUCUAGAAUUCACUCAAUGGCCACGGCAGAGAGGUGUGUAAUUCUGUAUUCCCCGGGCCGCCGGCGUGAUCACCUCGUGUACCUGGUGAAUGCAGUGCUACAGUACACCGCUGUAUCGACACGAAGCCUGCUAAUGAGGCACUCUUGUCCUAGCCACAGCUCCACAACCCUUCGAUUAAUAAAAGAAAUGCAGUUACAGUUAGAGCUUUAUGUGUCUUACCGCAGCAGUGUGCCUUAUAGCAGUCAACUCAACGACCUUCGGAGCGAGUUGAUGUUGUAUCCCACAGUCAACAAUCUUAACAUUUCCUGCUCCAUGAAAUCGAAAAGCGCCGAACGACUUACGUUAGAAAUGAUCAUCGCAGCGCCGGACGACAUAAAAUGGCUUUUGAGCAUUCUGGGCCCCGGGUGGACGUACUGCUGCACAACUCAAACCAUGAGCGAUACACUUAAGGGAAUUUCAUGUGUGGUGGAAGCGCUGAAUUGCCGCUGCUUAAUGCACGGCAAGCUGUCUGGAGCCGUGGAUAGCUGUGACUUUUGGCAGCUGGACGAGGAUUUAUUAAGAGACGGUCUGCAAUGUUGGCCUAUCACUACAGCAACGGUGGGAGCUUUAUCGAAGGGAUUUGAGGACUACUGCCCAUCCGGUGACACAGAUUCGUAUUGCUCGUUAACGAAAUUCCACCCAGACAUCCUGAAAGUGGUGAUCCGCAAACCCUGCAUGUUGCAAGAAGAUUAUUUCAUUUCCAGCGGCGUUCAUAGUUGGUUUCGAUUUACUUAACUUUCUAACUUCAUAGCUUUCACAUAAAGAUUUACUUUAAAACUUGAGUGUUGAUCGGUGUAUAGGAGCUUUCAUGGUGUCCUGUACUAGGCAGUUCUACGCCGAGCGUUCGCCACAAUAAUACAGGUUGCAUCACGGAAGCAGCUUAACAAAA